AUGGGCGUGAUCAAAAAAACGUUUUACACGGGUGUCCUGACGGGUGCCAGCUUCCUCGCAUACCUGGGAGCUACGACGACCAUCAUCAGCCCACUGCCGAGGGACGAUGCCCUUCCCAGGUCAGCGACCUUUGCAAAGUACAACGUGCACCGAAAUCCGUCAACCCAAGACAUCUGCGUCAAGCGGAUACCGCUCAACAAGAUACGGCCCGAUCUACUCGAAAACGAGGGAGACCUGGUUCUGGAGUUCUGCCGCGGGGUCUGGAGUGGAUUAGGCAAUCGGUUCCAGCGAGCAUAUCUCGCCCGCAAAUACCAGGGACCGACAACGAGUGGGCAGCUUUGGACCGUCGAACAGCUAUCACGGUCGACAUACACACCGGGAACGCAGCUCAUCGACCACUUUGAGGUCGUGGAAAGGACGCCGACCGAGAUUGUCGUCCGCUGCGGGGACAGCCCUCGGAACCGGAGCCCGCGCGACUCGGACGGACUGUUCGUCAUCAGCGCCGAAGUCGACGAGGCACGUGCCGAGGUGGUCCUGGGGCUCAAGAGCUGCUUCUUUACCAGCGCUCGCAAAAUCGAAGGGAUCCAGGGCCCAAUGCCUGGCUGGAUGGAACUGUGCCAUCGAUGGUACACGCGACUCUGGAUGGCUUCAGGGUCAUGGAGAGUGACGCGCAACAGCGUCUUUUGA